AUGGCUGGACGGCGCACACUUUUCUCCCUGGCUGCUCGCGCCAGUCGCAUUCAGCAGACCAGUCCUAUACCAUCCUUGCUGAACCAGCAAACUCGAUGCAGGAGCACAAACUCGACCUCAGCACUAGCAUACAAGGCACUCCAUCGCCGAUCACCGCUGCCACUACCUGUGAAUGAGCCUGGGCCGUCGUCCUAUGGCGCUGCAGCAGCCGUCAGCUCCAUUCUCUACGAGACGCCUCAAGUGUCGACUGCGCCGCCCAAGAAGCACGUCCUGAACUGCCUGGUCCAAAACGAGCCCGGAGUAUUAUCUAGGGUAUCAGGAAUUCUCGCCGCGAGAGGCUUCAACAUCGACUCCCUCGUCGUUUGCAAUACCGAGGUCGAAGAUCUGUCACGAAUGACUAUUGUCCUUCAAGGUCUGGACGGUGUCGUUGAGCAAGCACGUCGACAACUCGAAGAUCUCGUACCGGUAUGGGCUGUUCUGGACUAUACCUCUGCUGCGCUCGUACAGCGAGAGCUCCUUUUAGCCAAGGUUUCGAUCUUGGGACCUGAAGUCUACGAGGAGCUGAUGGAACAUCACCGAGAGAUGACGGCUACCUCCGAACAAGCCGAGUAUGAUGCGGAACGAGCCGAGGAGAACGCAGAGAGGCGGUUACAGGAGCUGGAAGGAAGCAAUCAAAAAGACCCUGGCAUGAUAGAACGUGCGAAGGAGCUUCUCGGACAGGCGGACACAUAUCAUCCUAGCGGACUUGCGGCAUCUCAGGCACUGCGGCACAAGCACGAGCAUUUGGAAGCCAUUACGCACCUGACACAUCAAUUUGGUGGCAAGGUCCUUGACAUCAGCACAAACAACUGCAUUGUCGAAGUGUCAGCGAAACCGUCAAGGAUCGACUCAUUCAUGAAGCUGAUUGCUCCAUUCGGUAUCCUAGAGUCAACUCGAACUGGCUUGAUGGCUCUGCCUCGAUCGCCACUGUACUCCCCGGCUGAGGAGAUGCAGCGCGAGGCAGACGAGCUUGUGGAUGCCAGCACUCUCCCACCUGGCUAG